GGAGACAAGUCUGGCGAGCGUGAUUAUGGUGCGAUAGCGAUUGUAGGAAACAAGUUCUUGAUUAUCCCGUGCUAAACGUUGCGACCGUGGUGAAUUUCUUUGCUAUUCUUACCACCCGCGCUCACGAAUCUCUCACUAUAUUGGAUUUGAGUUAGAUUUCAAUGCGGGCAAAUGCUCGGGUAACGUUUUUGUCCAUGUUGAAGAGUUUUCCCCACAUUUGAAUUGGCUCACUAAGUUGGAGCCAUAAAGUGCGUGAGGGUUGUUCGUCAGUGUUAAAGUGACUUUUACUCGGAACGGAGCUGGCUUGUUAACUUGUACGGAUAAACUGGACGAAAUAAUAAACCGUUUUUACCUUCAAAAGUUAUUAAUUAUUUAAGAAAAUUGUAAUACAAAACAAAAACAACCAACCAUAACCUUCUUGGAGAGGAGAAUUUAAUAGUUCCAUACAACCUAACCGAACUUAUGUUAAAACCCCUUUUUCGAUUUAAGCCGUUUUACUAUUCGAACGUGACUUGGAACGUAAUUUGGAUAAAAUUAUUGCUUUUGCGGUAGGCGCUGCUUGUGUUGUGUGUCGCGAAGUUAAACUUCCCUUGCAUCCCACCCACAAUCUAAAUCGAGUUGAAGAAGAAGUCCUUCGUUUCCUUUCUUCUGUUAACAAUUGUUGUUGCGUUUCUUUGGAGUUAGAAUUAUUAUGAAUAAGUGCGGUUGAGAAAUAAAUUCAGUUUCUGGUUCCAAUUUUAAAGAGUGUUGCACUACAGUGCCUAAAGUUUGAUGGUAAAUGCAGAUUGCAUUUACAUGUUAGAAAAAUUUUAAAAAAAGUUUUAAAAAAAUCAUUUUUGUCGAGUGAGAAUUUGUGUCAAAUUUGCAUCUUCCAUUAAAAAGGAUUACAUUUGGAUCUACUUUUGUUUGGUACACAAAUGGAUAAGAAUAUAUAUUCAAGUCGAUGAUAGUAACAAACCAUGAUUCUCCGAACAUGCAGAUAAAAAUUAUGGACCGAAAAACCUCCGUCUGGACAGCAAUCCUAUUGUUAACGAUCUUCCUCGAAUAUGGAUCCAUUGCAAAGAAACUAAAUGCCAGUCAAGCAUUCGACAACACAUGGCACUCAGAUGUUGAAUUAGAGAACGAACUCGAAGUAAGACGAUGUCAGACACCAACGCCGCCGAAGGUGGUGCGGCCAACGCAUCAACCUAAAGCUAAAGGUGACUUCCAAACAACUGAAAAUAUAUUAAUCCAGUGUAUGUUGCAGCAAAAACGUGCCAAAGGUGGCAGUUCAUCGGGUAGCUGGUCCGGUUGGUCGGAUUGGUCGACUUGUUCGAGGACGUGCGAUGGCGGUGUCGCCCAACAAAUAAGAAGAUGUCACAAUCCAAACGGAUGCAAGGGUGAUACGACCCGUUUUAGAAUAUGUAAUAUGCAACCAUGUCCUGAACAGCAGGACUUCCGAGCUCAUCAGUGUGCCGCUUACAAUGAUGUCCCAUACGAUGGGACACUAUACACGUGGACAACGCACUACGAUUAUGUAGAUCCAUGUGCUUUAACAUGCAGGGGGAGACCUGCACAUCUUUCUGAUGAUGUUUCACUGCCAGAGGUUGAUGUUGGUGGCGGUGUCACUGGCCCAGAUGAGUCGGAACACUAUGAUGAGCCGAGUGUAAUUGUGCAGCUGUCAGCCAGAGUACAAGAUGGAACUCGGUGUCGUGCCGGAAGUCUUGAUAUGUGCAUCCAGGGCAAAUGUCAGCGAGUUGGCUGUGACCUGAAGAUUGGUUCAACGAAAAAGAUCGACGCGUGUGGAGUAUGUGGGGGUGAUGGAAAAUCAUGUUCACAACCACUUUAUCAUUGGGAGACGGCACCGAUGUCACUGUGUUCAGUUACCUGCGGAGGAGGAUACAAGAUGUCCCGACCAACAUGCAGAAAUCGUGUUUCCGGUGUCGAAGUCGAAGACUCCCUAUGCAGUGCAACUAAUCGACCUGAGCCAUCUGUGGUACUCUGCAACACUCAUGCUUGUCCUCCUAAGUGGAUAGCUGAUGAUGAAUGGGGCCCAUGCAGUCGUCUAUGUGGACCAGGUUAUAGAGAAAGAAUGGUAGUUUGCGCGGAAGAAACAAAUGGCAUAAGAACCAGGGUCCCAGACAUCGUAUGCCGUUCACCUAAGCCCCCAACUCAAGAGUCUUGCAUGGUUCAGGAGUGUCCCAAGUGGGAAGUGGAGGAAUGGUCCGGGUGUUCGGUAACUUGCGGACAUGGAAUUCAAAUGCGUGGUGUCGAAUGCAAGUCUACAGAUGGUAGUUUAAGUGCGAAAUGCGAUCCACAGACAAAGCCACCAGGAGCUCAACAGUGUACAACUGGUUUAUCGUGUAACGGUGGUGACCAAGAAAUGGAUGAGCAAGGUCCAGAUGAUGUAAGCAAAAGUGAUGAAGACGACGAGGAAGUUGCCGAUGAAGAGGAUGGCGGUGGUGGUGAGGAAGUCGAUGAUGCAGAGGACUCUGAACAGGUAUCAUACAACGAUCAACCAAUUUACGCCCACCAACAAUCCAAUCGACUUCAUCACGAAGAACUUCCCCCAAGAGCACAGUCACUAGUCGGAGGAGGUGGCGGAGGUGGUGGUGGAAGUAGUGAACCAGAACAUCCCUCAUCGGAUCCAACAUUCAUCAAGGACACAGAAUGGUCAGCAUGUAGCGUAACCUGCGGCGAAGGUAUUCGACGGCGGCCCUACAAAUGCAAGAUUUUCCUCGAGUAUAGCCGAACUAUUGCCACUGUAAAUGACAGCCUCUGCGAAGGCCCAAAACCACACGAUGAAGUGGAGAGAUGCGUCGAGGAGCCAUGUAUGCUACCCUCACACGGCUAUGACGAACAAUACCCCAGGGAUUCGAUAAAAGUUGGCGUAUCCGAACCGGGCAAAACAUAUGUUUGGCGUGAACAGGGCUACACUAGCUGCAGUGCCUCCUGCCUGGGUGGUGUCGAGGAGCUUAUCAUUAAUUGCGUCCGAGAAGACAACGGACGGGUGGUGUCACCAUUCCUAUGUUCACCCGAAACAAAACCAGAAGCCCGGGUGCGAACAUGCAACGACCGCCCCUGCCCACCGCGCUGGAACUACUCUGACUACACACCCUGCUCUAAGUCAUGUGGCAUCGGCAUCAAGACCCGAGAAGUCCAAUGCAUUCACGAAGUGACACGAGGUGGGGAGAACACUAUGGUCGUACCGAAUAGUAUGUGUCCCCAGCCUCCGCCAGCAGACCGUCAGUAUUGCAAUGUUCUCGAUUGUCCUGUGCGAUGGGAAGUGGGUGAGUGGUCCAAGUGUUCACACACAUGUGGCUAUGGCAUCAAGGAACGCAAGGUUGAAUGCAAGCAGAUAAUGGCGCAGGAACACAAAAUCGAGCGCCCCGAAUCGAUGUGUCCGAGUGCCAAACCGGCCGAUAAGAAGCCAUGUAACGUUAAGCCAUGUCCCCCUGAAGACCCAAAGCCCAUUAUUUCGAUCAGCAAUAGCACACACAUCCAGCAUGACCCGAAAAAGAGCAAAAUAACUUUGAAAGUGGGUGGAGCGGCAGUGGUGUUCUUUGGGACACAAGUCAAAAUCAAGUGUCCCGUAAAGAGGUAUAAUCGAACAAAAAUACGCUGGACCAAAGACCACAAGCCAUUGGCCAAAUCGAGGAAGUUCAAAGUCUCGAAGAAAGGCGCCCUGCGGGUGUUGGAUAUUACAUUCAGGGAUGCUGGAGUCUAUUCCUGUCAUGCGGGACUGAGCACUGCAGAGAUUAAUAUCGAAGUUAAGGCCAAGCCUGGAACACAACCGGAGGAUUAUGAGAAGCACGAAUCAGACCGUCUGGUGCGGGAAAGAAGUGGCACGGAACCUCUUACCUCUGCCGAUAUGACAUCUGAUGUGGGACCACAAAAUACCCAAAGAAGACAAAAACAACAAGCCAAUGGUAGAGAAAGAAACCGUAGACCAAAAUCCGAUGGAGUGCAACAUGCUGAUAGCAGCAUAAUGGAAGAUGAAAAUCGUCUAAUUCAACAGGCACAGGAUGGUGUGCCACAAACGGCAGCUAGUAGCUCUGGUAAUCGAGCUAUGACACUUUUAUCAAUGCCUUAUUUUCAAGCCCUUUUAGACAAUCUACAGUACCUAUGGCCCUUACAGAAAUUUAGCAACUCAAAAGGACAUCAUUUAUUAAUGGAAAAAGGUUUGCAAUUCGGUGUCGAUUUGGAACGAUUCGAAAAGGAUGAACCCGCUAAGCCACAGAUUAUUACAAAAGAAUUGAAUUUAGACGAUAAAACUGUUUCUGCAAAUGAUAAAAAUGAUGAUGACGGUAAUGAUAACGACAAUGGAAAUGAUAAUGAUGAUGAGGACGACGAUUUAAGCCACAAGGAACGUCAUACACUGAAACAACUUCAUCAUCACAAUCAAAUAUUACGCCAGGGUGAACUUGAAAAGCAACAACGAAGAAAUACAAACAAUAUCACGUUCAAAUGGGUAACGAGUGAUUGGUCGGAGUGCUCAGAACAUUGUGGUUCGGGAACUGGAUUGAGGAGACGAACAGCAACUUGCGUACAAGUCACACCUGAUGACACUUCAACACUACAUGAUGACAAUUCAACGACAAAGACAACUGCAACAACAACAACCACAACUGUAAUUGUUGACAACGUCGAAUGCGAGGAUGCCGGCUUGAAUAUUCCCGAUACAUUUGAGUCUUGUGGCAAUGAUGAAUGCCCCCAAUGGAAAGCUGGCGAAUGGUCAAUAUGCCAGACGGCUAGAUGUUUUGGCCGCCAUACAGCCAUUCAAAAACGAGAAGUCAUUUGCAAAUACAUCAAUGACACUCUAAGUGACGGAUGUGAUGAGCAAGAAAAGCCAAUCAGUCGACAAGAAUGCUACAAUGAACUAUGCAAAGGGAUAUGGAGAGUUGAGCCAUGGUCUGAGUGUAAUGCUCCGUGUGGUCGUCAAGGCCUCAAAUACAGAAUAUUACAGUGUGUAUGGUAUGGUACUCGACGACCGGCAGGAUAUGAGUGCAAACAUCAACCGCGACCUGCGGUAAUGAAAGUUUGUAAAAGUCCACCGUGUUCUACAAAGGCUCGAUGCAAGGAUUCCUCACGCUAUUGCAAAAAUGUUCGCUCCAUGGGUCUCUGUCGUCUUCAUCGUUAUCAAGAAAAAUGUUGCAAGUCAUGUAAAUUUAACAUCUUUUAACAGCAACCCAGUUUCACAAAACACCUGAUAUGAUAAAUAAAAUAUAAUUCUAUUAACUUUUAAA